AUAUAUAAUUAAAUUCAAUAUUUUCUCAAAAAUAAAAAUCACAAUUUUAUUAUAAAUUUAACUAUACCAUUUUAUUUAAACGUGUUUACCAUGUUAUAAUUAUAAUGAUAAGCUAGUUAUUUAUAAAUUCAAAUAUAAUGACAAUAAUAUCAAUAGUAAUUAGCAUUUGGUGUAUAAUAUUUAUUAAAACAUGCGAAACAUCUGAUUCUAAGGCUAUUGCAUACCUACAGCCCCAACAAAUUCAUCUCUCACUCGGAUCGGCUAAAAGUGAGAUGACUAUAACAUGGGUUACAUUCAACAUAACUGAUUCCAUAGUAAAGUAUGGAAUAAAUAGUUUGAAUACAUCGACGAACGGAAGUGUCACUCAAUUCACUGAUGGAGGGCCGGAAAAGAGGGUCUUAUUUAUACACAGAGUUGUAUUGACUGCACUUCAACCCGGAGUUAAAUACCAAUAUCAUUGCGGAAGUAGAGAGGGUUGGAGUGCAGUGUAUAUGUUCAAGACAUUGAAUGAAGGGAUUGACUGGAGUCCUAAGAUUGCCAUUUAUGGCGAUUUGGGUAAUGUUUUAGCAGAAAGUUUGGGACCACUUCAAGAAGAAGCACAACAAGGAGUGUAUGACAUGAUUAUGCAUUUAGGUGAUUUUGCGUACGAUUUACAUGAUGAUAACGCUAGAGUUGGCGACGAGUUUUUCAGGCAAAUAGAGCCAAUGGCCGCCAAUUUUUCCAAUUAUGACAAUAGAUUUUCACUUAUAUCUGAAGGCGAUUCCGUGUCAAACAACCACUACUGGAGUUAUAAUAUAGGAUCCGCUCAUAUCAUCUCAUUCUCGACUGAAUUUUACUAUUAUAGUAAAUAUAGGAUUGAAACUGGCCAUGAUCAAUUGAGAUACCAUUAUAAUUGGCUCGAGAAAGAUUUAACCGAAGCUAAUAAACCAGAAAACAGGGACAAAUAUCCAUGGAUUAUAACUAUGGGUCACAGACCACCAUAUUCACUACAUGACGUCGAUGAAACUAUUAGAUUAGGUGUUGUGUCAAAUGGGAGUCGAUUGUAUGGUUUGGAAGACCUUUUCUAUAAACAUGGAGUGGACGUUGAAUUCUGGGCUCACGAACACAUUUACGCCAGACUUUGGCCCAUAUAUAACAAUACCGUAUUUAAUGGCACAGAAUCUGAUCCCUAUACUAAUCCCAAAGCACCCGUACAUAUCAUAUCGGGAAGUGCUGUGCGUUUGUUAACUUCAAUUGGUUGUUAUAUGAAAGAAAGAGAAAUAACAUCAGACAAACCUUAUGUUGCAAUGAUUAACGCAGAUUAUGGCUAUAGUGUUAUGACUAUUGUUAAUAAAACACACCUUAAUAUUAAGCAAAUAUCCGACGAUAAGAAAGGAGAAGUUGUGGAUGAAAUCAAUGUCAUUAAGGAAGUACACGGACCUCAGGCCUGGGUU